UGGGAAGAAAAAAAGUUUUUUUUUGUAUCGGAGGAAUCAACAGCCGCCAUCUUGACGCGGCUCAGAAUCGGGAUUUCGGGGGGAGCAUUAAUUUUAAAAACCGAUCGGAGCUACUCAGACGAGGCUCAAACGGGUUUUUUCGUGCAGAAGAUCGAAGUGUUAGUCCUUCCGAUGAGAAAUAAUGCAAACAUGUGAGGAUUACACGGGUUUUUACCGUCUCGAAAGCCCACUGUAUAUUUGAUUUCCCUUUUGGAGAGCGCCGUUUCUCGCCGUAUCUCCGUCCCGAGACGCUGAAUUUACCGGGAGACAGCGACCACAAAAAUAAUCCACUUCAUAGAAAAUAUUUUUUGAAUUUUGCUCUUUUUAUUUAAGCCCAAAAUUGAUUUUAUGGCUGCUCGUUUCGACUGCGAAAAAGAUGAUUCUGUACAGACGUGAAACCGGCGAUCUGCGGAGAAAGGGAUUUGCUUACGCCUUGUGUAAUAUUUUAUGAUUGAUUUUUAUUUAUUUUUCUCGAACGGAAAUAAUUUUUGGACGUUAUUAUUGAGGAUAAUUAUGUGGGUGUUGGGUGUUGGAUUAUCAUGGGGUGAUCUUCGGCGGCGAAGCGUGGCGCUGUUGCCUUUCUUUUGAAACCCUUUUCUCCAGGCAGCAUUUAGCCAGUCUGCCAGUCAAGAAAAAAAACAGUUGCAUUGCUCCUUUACGCGAAACGAUAGGAAAAGUUACAUUUUUUACAAGCCAGAAGUGGACAACGUGGACUCGUCCCGUUGUUAUUUUUCUGCAACAUAAACCAUUCACAAAAUAUCCCGACCAGGAUGGCUGACAAUCUGCUGGACGUCGGACCCCCCACUGCAAAGAGACCCAAGCUUAAUUCACCUCUCCCAGUAUCAGAUGGCCCAGAUCUUGUGUCUCUGUUUGACCUGGAAAACGACCUUCCAGAUGAGCUCAUCCCCAAUGGAGACUUGGGAAUGUCUUCUAAUGGCGGUCCAGGUGGAGGGGGUCCUGGUCUCAACUCUAUCGUUCCUGAUGCCGCAGCCAAACACAAGCAGCUGUCGGAGCUCCUACGACCGGGAAGCUCCUCCAUAUUGGGAAGUAGUCUCAACUCUGCCAGCGCCCAACAAGGAAGCAUGGUGGGAAGCCAGCUAGGUGUUGUGCUCGGUAAAAGUCCACUGCGGCAGGGCUCUCCCAAUCACCAGUCUCCCCAGGCCCAAAAGGGAGGUGCAGCUGGACAAGGCAAUGGAAGCACGGGCAUGAGCUUUAACCAGGCCAUGUUGAACAGUGGGCAGGGUCAUGGGGUCAUGGCAGGACAAGUGAUGAAUGGGGCUCUGGGACCGGCAGGCCGUGGUAGACCUGGUAUGCAAUAUCAGGGCCAAGGCAUGCAGGGGGCACAAGUGGGUGCUGGACCUGGUGUUGGAGGCAGUGUGCUGGCAGAAACACUCACCCAAGGAGUGCCUCAGAUGGGUACACACAACGUGAUGAAUGCUCAGCAAGCUGGAAACAUGAAUAAGAUGGGUAUGUCAGGAGCUCCAUUUGGCCAGCAGUAUGGUCAGUCUGGGGUGCAGCAGAUGGGGGCAGUCGGGGUCAAUGCCCAACAACUCCAGAACAAGACGGCGCUUUCCAACAACCUGCCACAAUUCCCUGCUGACUUGAAGGGAGCUGGGAGUUUGCCAAACCUGUCCCAGAUGCAGCAGCAGGUAGCGUCGGUGGGCAUGGUUCCCGGGGCCGGUGGGGUGUCAGCGGGACCUACGGCCGACCCGGAGAAGCGCAAACUCAUUCAGCAGCAGCUGGUCCUGUUGCUCCACGCACACAAGUGCCAGCGGCGGGAACAGGCCAACGGGGAGGUGAGGGCCUGCACCCUGCCCCACUGCCGCACCAUGAAGAACGUCCUCAACCACAUGACCCACUGCCAGGCCGGCAAGUCCUGCCAGGUGGCUCACUGUGCAUCAUCCAGACAGAUCAUCUCCCACUGGAAGAACUGCACGCGGCACGACUGUCCGGUCUGCCUGCCUCUAAAGAACGCCAGUGACAAGAGGAACCAGCAACCCAUGCUCAGUUCUCCGGGGGCCAGCCUGCAGAGCGCCAUCAGCUCCGUGGGCUCGGGCCAGCCCAGCGCCACCGCCAUCAACAGCGCUGCCACACACAUCGACCCCAGCUCCAUGCAGAGGGCCUACGCUGCACUCGGCCUGCCGUACGGGAACCAGUCCCCGGCCCAGGUCCCGGGGCAGGGGCCCGCUCAGCAGAACGCCCAGGGCCCCCAGCACCAGCAGCUGCGAAGUCUUAACGCACUAGGCACUAAUCAGAUGAACCAGAUGGCAGGAGGCAUGGGGGUCCCCUCUUCAGACCAGGCUGGCAUGCACUCCGACUCCUCUCUAUCAUCAUCACUCAACAAUCAGCUGAUGCCAGAUGGGUCAGUAGCGGGAGGCAUGGGAAACCUGCCCACUGCCACCCCUCUCUCUUCUUCGGGGGUAAGGAAGUCCUGGCAUGAACACGUCACUCAGGACCUGCGCACCCACCUGGUGCACAAACUUGUACAAGCCAUAUUCCCCACCCCAGACCCCGCAGCACUGAAGGACCGGCGGAUGGAGAACCUGGUGGCGUACGCACGCAAGGUUGAGGGUGACAUGUACGAGUCAGCUAACAGCAGGGAUGAGUAUUACCACUUCCUGGCGGAGAAAAUCUACAAAAUACAGAAAGAAUUGGAGGAGAAGAGGCGCUCGCGGCUGCAGAAACAGCCUGGCAUGGUGGGCUCAGCCGGGCCUCAGCAGCCCAACUCCAUGGUCCCAGGACAGGCCGUCCGAUCUCCUAAUGGACCUGUGCCUAUGCCCAACAUGCCAAAUCAGUUAAUGAACCGUAUGCAGGUGCCCCAAGGAAUCAAUCAGUUUAACCCAAUGGCAAUGCAGAAUGCGCAGAUGUCUCAGGCAACCAUGGGAGCACGAGCCCCCUCCCCCAUGAACCAUCCACAGCAGAUGAACAUGAGCUCCGUCCCAACGAUGGGUAUGUCCCCCUCAAGAAUCCCUCAGACUCAAGGAAUGAUGGGUAGUCAUGCUAAUAACAUGGUUGCUCAGCCGGCCAAUCAGGGCCAGUUCCUGCCGCAGGGCCAGUUCACUGCUGCUACAGGAGGAGCAAUGAAUGUGAAUGUAAACCUCGGCCAGCCCAUAACACAGUCCGCUGUCAAACAGCCACAGAACUCUAACCUCCCCCUGAACGUGCUGGGACCCCUCGGCUCCAAGCUGCCCUGUGGCCCCGCAGCCCCGCCCUCGCUGGGACCCACCCCCCCACCCAAUGCCUCUGGUGGCCUGCAGCCCCAUCAGCUGCAGCAGCACCAUGCUUCAUCACAGGCACAGGCCCCACAGCAGCCCACUACCCCUACCUCCACCGGAGGACCCUCCUCCACCCCAACACACAUGCCCAGUAGCCUCCCUGGCCCCCCCUCAGCCAUGGGCACACCGGACCCCUCCCAGCCACUCACGCCCCUGCAACCACAGACAGAUCCCCCCAGUCAGAUGCAGCAGCCCACUUCAGUGCAGGCCCAGCACCCCAGCACACCGUUGUCCCAGGCAGCAGCGAGUAUAGAUAACAGGGUGCCCACCCCAGCCUCUGUGGCGGAGCUGAGCUCCCAGCAGGCCCUGCCAGACAUGAACAGCACUGAAGCCAAACCUGAAGUCAAAGACGAAGAAGAGGACAGCGGGUCUGGAAAGAAGCAGCAAGAUAUAAAAAUGGAGCCGGAUGAUGAAACCAAACCCUUAGUGAAGAAGGAAGAGCCCGAUGCAACAGAGCCAAAGCAGGAACCGAUGGAAACUGAGGACAAGAAGCCCGAGAUAAAGACAGAACCCAAAGAAGAGGAGGAGGGCGGGGCCAACAGCACAUCAGCCUCCUCCAGCCCUCAGAGCCGAAAGAAAAUUUUCAAGCCAGAGGAGCUGAGGCAAGCCCUGAUGCCAACACUUGAGGCCCUCUACAGGCAAGACCCAGAGUCACUGCCCUUCAGACAGCCUGUAGACCCCAUGCAGCUAGGCAUCCCUGACUACUUUGACAUUGUGAAGACUCCCAUUGACUUAUCCACCAUCAAGCGCAAGUUGGACACGGGUCAGUACCAGGAGCCGUGGCAGUAUGUGGACGAUGUGUGGCUCAUGUUCAACAAUGCCUGGCUGUACAACCGCAAAACAUCCCGUGUCUACAAAUACUGCUCUAAACUGUCAGAGGUGUUUGAAGCAGAGAUUGAUCCCGUCAUGCAGGGCCUGGGUUACUGCUGCGGCAGGAAGUAUGAGUUCUCACCCCAGACGUUGUGUUGCUAUGGCAAACAGUUGUGUACCAUUUCCAGGGACGGCACCUACUACAGCUACCAGAACAGGUAUCACUUCUGCGAGAAGUGCUUCAACGAGAUCCAGGGAAACAGCGUGACCCUGGGGGACGACCCCUCACAGCAACAGACCAUGAUAUCAAAAGAGCAGUUUGAAAAGAAGAAAAAUGACAUGUUGGACCCUGAACCGUUUGUUGAAUGUAAAGACUGUGGGCGAAAGAUGCAUCAGAUCUGUGUGCUGCACUACGAUGUCAUUUGGCCAUCAGGCUUUAUCUGUGACAACUGUCUGAAGAAGUCGGGCAAAACAAGGAAGGAGAACAAAUUUUCUGCCAGAAGUCUCUGUAAAGGAUUGCAGACGACCCGGUUGGGGACGUACAUUGAGGACAGAGUGAAUAAGUACUUGAAAAGGCAGAACCACCCAGAGGCUGGUGAGGUGUUUGUGCGAGUCGUGGCCAGCUCUGACAAAAAUGUGGAGAUCAAGCCUGGCAUGAAGUCUAGGUUUGUGGACUCGGGCGAGAUGGUGGAGACCUUCCCUUACAGAACCAAAGCACUUUUUGCAUUCGAGGAAAUAGACGGCGUGGACGUUUGUUUCUUCGGCAUGCACGUCCAGGAGUACGGCUCGGAGUGCCCCUUUCCAAAUACCAGACGAGUUUACAUAUCAUACCUCGACAGUAUUCACUUCUUCAGACCACGUGCACUAAGGACUGCAGUGUACCAUGAGAUAUUAAUAGGCUACCUGGAGUAUGUGAAGAAACUGGGGUAUGUGAUGGGUCACAUCUGGGCCUGCCCCCCCAGUGAAGGAGAUGACUACAUCUUUCACUGCCACCCCUUCGACCAGAAGAUCCCCAAACCCAAGAGGCUCCAAGAGUGGUACAGGAAGAUGCUAGACAAGGCUUUCGCUGAGAGGAUCCUGCACGACUACAAGGACAUAUUCAAACAGGCAACUGAAGACCGAAUCACCACUGCCAACGAGCUGCCGUACUUUGAGGGUGACUUUUGGCCUAAUGUACUGGAGGAGAGCAUCAAGGAGCUGGAGCAGGAGGAGGAAGAGAGGAAGAAGGAGGAGAACACGGUCUGCACUGAGACCACAGAGCCCCGUGCUUCGUACUCUUUUUCACCCCAGAUGUUAUCAUCCUCAAGUCGUCAUUAUAUGAAAGCUUUCAGCAGUCAUUCGGGCAUUGGAGCCCCAGCUGACACCAAGAAUGCCAAAAAGAAGAACAGUAAGAAAACCAACAAAAACAAGAGCAGCGUCAGCCGAGCCAAUAAGAAAAAGCCUGGGAUGCCGAAUGUAGCCAAUGACCUGUCUCAGAAACUCUACGCCUCGAUGGAGAAACAUAAGGAGGUGUUUUUUGUUAUCCACCUCCAUGCCGGCCCGGUCGUUAACACCCUGCCUCCCAUCAUGGACCCCGAUCCUCUGUUGACCUGUGACCUGAUGGACGGCCGCGAUGCCUUUCUGACUUUAGCCAGGGACAAGCACUGGGAGUUCAGCUCACUGAGGAGGUGCAAAUGGAGCACCAUGUGUAUGUUGGUAGAACUACACAACCAGGGCCAGGACCGCUUUGUAUACACCUGCAAUGAGUGCAAGCACCAUGUAGAGACUCGCUGGCACUGCACCGUCUGUGAGGACUACGACCUAUGCAUCAACUGCUACAACAUUAAGGGCCACGAGCACCAGAUGGUGAAGUGGGGUCUUGGUCUGGACGAUGACAGCAACGGUCCGGGUGGAGAGGCCUCCAAGAGCCCCCAGGAGAGCCGACGCCUCAGCAUCCAGCGCUGCAUCCAGUCCCUGGUCCACGCCUGCCAGUGCCGCAACGCCAACUGCUCGCUCCCGUCAUGCCAGAAGAUGAAGAGGGUGGUUCAACACACCAAAGGCUGCAAGCGCAAGACCAACGGUGGCUGCCCUGUGUGCAAACAGCUCAUUGCUUUAUGUUGUUAUCACGCCAAGCACUGUCAGGAGAACAAGUGUCCUGUUCCCUUCUGUCUUAACAUCAAGCACAAACUCCGUCAGCAGCAGCUGCAGCACCGGCUCCAGCAGGCUCAAAUGAUGCGCCGUCGAAUGGCCACCAUGGCUGGAAGGGGUAUGCCAAUGCCAUCUCCACCUACCUCAGCUGCCCCCGACACCCCCAACUCUGUGCAGCAGCAGCCUAACACGCCCCAGACGCCCCAGCCCAUGCCCACACAGCCCCAGCAACAGCAGCCACAAAACCCUGCCAACAUCGUCCAAGGCUUCCCCAACAAUGGCCGCAGCAGCCAGCCCCCAACACCGGGGCCACAGGGGAAACCAGGGCCUCAGUCCUCCCCUCUUCAUCAGCAGCAGUCACCUCUGCCUAACAUGCCCCACCAACAGCAGCCUCAGCCACCACCACAACAACAACAACAACAACAACAGCAGCAGCAGCAGCAGCAACAGCAGCAGCAGCAACAGCAGCCACUCCUUGCAGCCCUGAAGGUGGCCCGACAGAUUGAGAUGGCAGCCAAAGCAAGGCAGGAGCAGCAGCAGAAUUAUGCCAUGAAUGGGAUACCCAUGAACCACCCACGAAUGAUGGGGCCCAUGCAGGGCCAGAUGCAGAUGAUGCAGGGGCCUCGGGGCCCCCAGGUGAUGCAGGCUAUGCAGCAGGGCCAGUGGGGUCCGGGGAUGCAGAAUCAGCAGGUGCAUCAGCCGCAGGUCCCUCCUCAACAGGUCACCAUGGCACCUCAGCAGGCUCAGGGAGCCCCCAUGCCCCAGCAGGCCCAGCUCAUGCAGAGACCCAUGAUGCCCCAACAACAGGGUCUCCAAAUGCCUGGGGUCAUGACUCCCCAGGGGCCCUCACAGCAGCAGGGCAUGACACCACAGCAGCUAGGUGUGCCACGUGGGAUACCUGGAAACAUUGCUCCGAGUGCCCUGCAAGAAUUACUGCGCACCCUUAAAUCUCCCAGCUCCCCGCAGCAGCAACAGCAGGUCCUUAACAUCCUCAAGUCCAACCCCCACCUCAUGGCUGCCUUCAUUAAACAGAGGACAGCAAAGUACCAGGCCACGCAGCCGCAGCAGCAGCCGCAGCAGGCGCAGCAGCAGGCGCAGCAGCAGGCGCAGCAGCAGGCGCAGCAGCAGCAGCAGAAUCAGGCCAUGCUGGGGUCCCAGGCAGGAAUGCAGGCCAUGGCAGCGAUGGCAAACCAGGUGCAGAGGCCAGUGAUGGCACCUCAGCAGCAGCCUCCUCCGCAGGCAGGGCCCCAGGGUAUGGCAACCAUGGGCCCCCAAGGCCAGAUGAUGAAUGCUGCCCAAAACGGCAAUCCCCAAAUGUACCGCAGACAGCAGCUGCUCCGGUUGCAGCAGAUGCAGCAGCAGCAGCAGCAGCAGGCGCAGCAGGGAGGCAUGCCUCAGGGCCACAGUCAGUUCCCCCAGCAGCAGCCGGGGCCAGCAACCUACUCCCAACUCCGUAUGCAGCAGCAAAUGGCUAUGCAAGGAGGUGCGGGGCCCAUGGGACAGCUCCCCCCCACGUCUCAAAUGGGUCAGCCCGGCAUGGGCAUGGAGGUUCCUCAGAACAUCCUCCAGCAGCGCCUGCUUCAGCAGCAGCAGCAGCAGAUGCUAAAGCAGCAGAUGGGCUCUCCAACACAGGCAAACUCCAUGAGUCCACAAUCUCACAUGCUCCAAGGCCAGGCCCAGGGAGGAGCUCACUUACCUGGACAGACAAUGGCAAACACCCUGGGGAACCAAGUUCGUUCCCCAGCCCCAGUGCAAUCACCCCGUCCGCCUUCGCAGCAGCCCCCGCAUUCCAGUCCCUCCCCGCGGAUACAGCCCCAGCCCUCACCUCAGCACGGCGCCCUACACUCCAGCUCUCCCCACCCCAGCCUUGGAGGCCCGAUGUCGGGGUCCAUGGACCAGGGACACAUGGGUACACCGGAGCAGAGUGCCAUGCUCCCACAACUUAAUACGCCAAACAGAGGAGGGUUGAGUAAUGACAUGGGUAUGGUUGGUGACCCGACAGGCGACACGCUGGAAAAAUUUGUUGAAGGAUUGUAGCAUUUUUGGACAGAAGAAAGGCCUUGUUCUGUUUUCAGCGGAGACAUUUUUGUACUUGCUGAUGUAAAAAGCUAAAAGAAAUACAAACAUGAGUCAUACGAGGCCUACAGACUGUGAACUUUCCUUAAACCAAGGGACUGCUUUUUCUUCCAACCCAGAGAGUGAUUUAAAAGAAGACGACAAAGAAUAUAUUUUUGGUUCAGACCAGCCAUGCAAUAAUUUGCGAUGGUCUUUGUGUUGUUUUCAUUUGUUUUUCAUUUUUUAUGCUCUGGUAUUGACUUUUUUUUAACAAAACUUCUCAAAACAAAAAAUAUUUCAUUUUAUUAUUCAAUUUUUUUUAUUUUGUACCUUUGCAAAUUAAUAUCGCAUUUGUGUUGAGAAGACUGUACAAUUAUUUGUCUGGGAAUUUUUUGCCAGGUUUCACUUCUUGCUCAGUUCCUCUGUUCCUUCCUGGCUAAUUUAUUCUAAAAUGCCAUUUUUCAAAAAGGACUGCCUUUGGGAAAGCCUUAAUUUCUUUCCGGUUUGCAGAGUCUAUGAAAUAAAUGUAAUUGUAUAGAUCUAAGAACUAUUGCACACACCCAAACACAAAGCAAGUGUAAGACAAAUCUGCAAUGAAGCUUGUUAAUGUUCACAGGUGCCGGAAUGUUCUUUUUACUGGCCUGGGCCCAGUAUCUGUCUUGCAAAUGUUUAAAAAAUGCUUUGUCUCUCGCUGAGUCAAAGGAAAUUCUCAUUCGAGUCUCUUUUGCCUGUGGUGGGAAAUUAACUUGUUUGACUGCUGAUUUGUGUUCAGAGGGUUUUGUGCAUCAUUUUCUCUCUUGCAUUAAACUUGAAUUGAUGAUGAACUGUUCUCUAAUGUAAAUCAUGCGACUAGACAGUACUGUAAAUAUGCAGAAAAUAAGAAAGAAAUCACUGUACAAACUGGUUCAAAUGGCUCAUUUCGUACUUAUAUACCAUAUUGUUAAAUAAACCUGUGUGCCACAGAC